AUGUCUUCAAAGGAUGGGAGAUCCAGGGAUCGAGACAGGCACUACCACGAGGUCCGGAGGGACCCGGCCCAGGAAGAGGGCGCCACAAGGACCCUCCAGACUCUUGGUGACAGCGAGCUGGCUGUGAGCGCCGAUCCCCUGCCUCCACCCCCUCUCCCGUUACAGCCGCCGUUUGGCCCUGACUUCUACUCCAGUGACACCGGCGAGGAGCCGGCCGUGGCGCCAGACCUCAAGCCCGUCCGGCGCUUCGUCCCCGAGUCCUGGAAGAGCUUCUUCCGAGGGAAGAAGAAGGACCCAGAAUGGGAUAAGCCGGGGUCCGACAUCAGGUACAUCUCGGACGGCGUGGCGUGUUCGCCUCCGGCCUCUCCGGGGAGGCCGGACCACCACUCCCCCCCGACCUCCUACAGGGACCCUUACGGGGGGUCCGGGGGGACCUACAGCUCCCGGAACGAGGCCGAGGCCAUGCUGCCCCGGGACCCCUGCGGGUCGCUGGGGCGCGCGCACACGGCGCGCACCUACAGCGAGCAGGUGGAGGCCUACCGCCUGCGGUACUCCUACAUGAGGUCCUGGCCCGGCCUGCUGCGGAUCCUGGGGGUGGCCGAGCUGCUGCUGGGCGCCGGCGUCUUCGCCUGCGUCACCGCCUACAUCCACAAGGACAGCGAGUGGUACAACCUGUUCGGCUACGCCCCGCCCGCGGCCCUGGGCGGCCUGGGCGGCCUGGGCAGCGCCUACGGGGGCUACUACUACAGCGGCCCCAAGACCCCCUUCAUCCUGGUGGUCGCUGGCGUGGCGUGGGUCACCACCAUCAUCCUCCUGGUGCUCGGCAUGUCCAUGUAUUACCGGACCAUCCUUCUGGACUCCAACUGGUGGCCCCUCACCGAAUUCGGGAUCAACAUCGCCCUGUUCAUUCUGUACAUGGCUGCGGCCAUCGUCUACGUGAACGACAUCAACCGAGGGGGGCUCUGCUACUACCCGGUGUUCAACACCCCGAUGAACGCGAUGUUCUGCCGGGUGGAAGGAGGGCAGACGGCGGCGAUGGUCUUCCUGUUCGUCACCAUGAUUGUCUAUCUCAUCAGUGCGCUGGUGUGCCUCAAGUUGUGGAGGCAUGAGGCGGCGCGGAGGCACAGGGAAUACAUGGAACAGCAGGAGAUAAGUGAGCCAUCAUUUCCAUCAAAAAGAAAAAUGUGUGAAAUGGCCAUCGGCAGUGACAGACAGAGAGACCAAGAAGUUCAUUUCAAAGAAUUGAGACCAACAAAUAUGAAACCUGAAAUACUGAGUGGACACAUCCCCUCGGGCCACAUUCCCAAACCUAUCAUGUUGCCUGACUAUGUGGCGAAAUACCCUGUGAUUCGGACGGAUGAUGAACGAGAGCGCUAUAAGGCAGUGUUCCAAGACCAGUUUUCAGAGUACAAGGAGCUCUCUGCAGAAGUCCAGGCUGUCCUGAGGAAGUUCGACGAGCUGGACGCAGUGAUGAGCAGACUGCCGUUCCAUUCAGGAAGCCAGCAGGAACAUGAGAGAAUUUCAAGAAUCCAUGAAGAAUUUAAGAAAAAAAAGAAGGAUCCUACGUUUCUGGAAAAAAAGGAGCGCUGUGACUAUCUCAAGAAUAAACUUUCUCACAUAAAGCAAAGAAUUCAAGAAUAUGAUAAAGUAAUGAAUUGGGAUGUACAAGGUUAUUCUUAA